AUGUCGUUCUUCGGCUUCGACACGUCGCUCCCCGGAGACAGGCGAGCCAAUCGUGCCAACCACGCUUCGCAAAACGCCUUCGAUCCCACCUUCGACAACGACGAGUCACUCGAUGCGAAGAUCAAGGCGCUUGCCGCUGGUGCACAGGAAGACGUAGAGAUCUACACCUGGGGCCAGGACGGCUACGACGGGCUUGGCGAUAAGCUCGACGAGUCCGGCGACGAUCUCAACGAGGAUACCUUUGGCGACUUCGACGCUGGCAAGGAUUUCGAUUUCGGUCAUUCCGCUCCUGUUGCACCUGCUCCUCAGCAGCAGCAGUCCAAGAGCAGGUUCGACCCCUCCAACAAGUUCGCCGCCAGCCUCGAUGAUUUCCUCGUCGACCCCGUUCCUCGCUUCGGCGCUGCUAGGGUUGGCGGUCAGCAAACCUCACAGCCACCACAGCAACAGCAACAGCAGCAGCCACCUCGAGCUCAGCCAAAGACGCUCGAGGAAGUUGAAGCAGAGAUGCUCGCCAUGCGUGCUCAACAGCAGCAGCAGCCUCCUCCCGCCACAGACAGGAAGCCCAUGACUGUCGAGCAAGUCGAAGCUGAGCUGCGCGCUCAACGCUCUGCCCCCAGUGGUCCACCCAUGCAGCCUGGUCAACAAUCUCAGCAGCCUCAGCAGCCUUUGGGCCCUCCUCCUCCUAGCAUGGCUGCUCUUCUGCAUUCCCACCAACGCUCCGACUCUGCCAACGCUCAGCGCCUGGCCCCCGGCAUUCCUCCCAUGGGUCCUCCUGGUCCCAUCCCUCCUCCGCUCGGUCCUAACGCUGAUCCUGCUGCUAUCCAGGCCGCACAGCAGCAAGCCCAAGUCGCCCACUUUGCCCGCAUGCGUGCGCUUCUCGAAGCCAUGCCCCCGCUCGUCCAGCAAUCCAUCCUCUCGCUGCCUCCUCCCAUGCAGUUCGACUCGCUCGAAACCGUUGCCCAAAACUUCCCCAACCUUCUCGACCCUUCGCAGCGCGAACGUGCGCCUUCCGCCGAGCAAGACGCCGUGCGCUUCAUGAUGGAAAAAGCUGGCGCCCAGAUCGCCGAAUUCGAACGCGUCGAGGCCAAGCGCAAGCGCAGGAUGGACAAGAUCAACGCCAUGGCCAAGUACAACGGUUUGAUGUCUGGCUCGGAUAAGGAUUUCAUCACGCGUAUUCAAAUUUCGCAGCUCAUCACUGCUGAUCCGUAUGCGGACGAUUUCUAUGCGCAUAUCUACUUUGCGCUCCGGGGCGGUCCUAGGAGGCCGGGCAUGCAGCCUCUGCCUGCACCCGCCGCCGCCGCCGCCGCUGGUGGUAACGGCAACGGCAGUGGUGCUCAGGGCAAGGGCGGAAAGGGCAAGCAGAAGCUCAACAAGCAGCAGAACGCCAUGCUUCGCAUGCAGCAGCAAGUGGAACGCAUCGUUCAGAGUCGUAAGGAGAGGAUGGAGAAGAGCGCGUCUGGUGCUGCGCUCGAAGGCGCCCUGGGUCGCGUUAGUCUCAGUUCCACCAAGAAUCCGCGACAGAUGCUGCAGAUCUCGGCUGAUGCUGCUAAAGCCAACAAUAAGGACUCUUCUUCCGGGGCUGCCACGCCAGACGCAGGACACGCGAGGGAUGCGGUGCGCCAAGCUCUCGAGGGUGCUUCGCUCGGCGGCAACGGAACCAAUGCCGGCCUGAGACGCGAUCCGCUCACCAAGCACGAGGUGCUUCGCAUUCUCGAGAAGCUUUACGAUCUUGUACUGCAACUCGAACAGCUGCGUCGAAAUGCUCCCCCUCCCCCGCCAGCCGACAUCCACCCGGAGGACGAAGCCGCCAGUGCGGCCAAAUCCGCCUUUGACGCGCACCAGGCCGACGUUGCCAGUGUGACCAACACGCUCUGGACCGAACUGCGCGUCCUCGAGCCGCUCGAGAUCUCGGACCCGCACCCCUUCGUGUCGCUCCUAUCGUCCGCAAAGGGCAAGCGACUGCUGCCCCGCGCGCUGCGUCACCUGUCGAGCGAGCAGACACUCACGGCGCUGACGAUGGUGGUGGCGUCGUUCGAGUCGUUGGAUGUGGUGCAGACCGGUCCGCUUCUCGACGAUCUAUCGGAUGAUCCGAGUAAGGUGGAGGCGAGGCGGGAUGCGGAGCGGCAGUCGGAGGUGUUUGCGACGACGAUUGUACCGAGUAUGAUGGCGAUGGCGAGUGGGGCUCCGAUGCGCAUUGUUUCGGGCAUGCUAGCCUUGUUCGUUGAGAGGAACGACCCGGUGCGCGUCACACAGACGAGGCCCGGUGUGGCGUUUUUGACCAUCUUCCUGUCGAGGGCCGAGACGCUCAAGCAGGCCGGCGAGGUGCCCGCGGACGAGCUCGAGCAGUUCAAGCAGAUCUUUGCGCUGCUGUUCUCGCGGCUGACGGCGCAAGGCAAGCUGCCGACGCUGUUCCCCUCGACGCGCACCAAGAUGACGCUGCCGUUUGGCGUGAGCUACUACAUGGGCAGUGGGCUGGGGCAGCAGCUGAGUGCGCAGACCGUGGGCGGCAGGUACAGGAAUGUCGAUCUGGAGGACGAGCCGACGUGGAACCUCAUGGCUGCGCUGGCGAUCGGAAGCACCAUGGAGCAGCAGCAGGUGCUGGUGCAGGAGCUGCGCGAAAAGAUCCUCGAGAACGUCAUCUCGGCCAAGGAGUGGGCCAAGAGGAACCCGUUGGGUGGAGGAGCCGGUGGCGACAACGACAUCAACCCGGACAUCAGGAUCAGGAACGUCAACCUCCUGCUGCAUGCGCUCAACCUGGAUGCAGCCCAGAUCAGCGUCUAA